AUGUUUGGCGAGCCCAUGACCCUCGUGGCCCCUCCCGCUGCUACUCGAGAGCGGCCGGGUCUGUCACGUUCUCGCUCCCACAGCGAUACCUCCAAAGUAGGCACGCCUCUAACGACGCGCGGGACUGCAGAGUCGAAAGGUCAUGGUACACGUGCGUCUCAUGUCCGGUCCCAGUCGUACCUCUCACCCUCGGAAUCUAGACAAGAAGACAGACCACGCAGUGGACACACGUUACCCUCGGCAACGAAUGCCUUGGAACGGACGGCCUCGCGAUUACACCUGCCCGGCUCUUCGCAUAGACAUCACCAUAAAGAGAAAGACCACACGUCAAGCCAUCACAGAUACACUCAAUCUCACACGAACGUCUCCCACCCGCAGAACAAUGACUCGGCGCACAGUCUCCCCUUCCGCCGGCACCGCCCGACCCAGUCCGAAGCCCACGCUCCUCGUCGAUUUGCCUCCAAAGAACCCCUCUCCUCCCUCCCUCACCUCGUGGCCGGCUUGAAUGCCGAACGUGAACGCCGUACUCAGCAACAAGGGAACCCGCAUAAUGGCAGCAAGUCCACCAACCGCCACGGCCCCGGCCCCGGCGGCGCUACACUCACACAAGCACAGACCCAGCAUCCGUUUGGGCCCUCCGCCGCACAAACCAACGACUUCCGACCCGGUGGCCGCUACGACUAUAACUCCCCCGACGGAGUCCCCGAGCUACGACGCCGCGCGACCUCUGACCCGGCCUCACGAGAUAGCCUCUCCCGUUCAGCAGCUCAACCGCCGCUUCGGCCUAAGACAUCCCUAGAAGAGGCCCUGGAAAGAGGCCACGCCGCCCGCAUAGCCCGCCGCAUCCACGUCAAGAAGAGUGACAUUCUCCGUCGCGACCAGGAACUCCAGGCCGGCGAGGAAGAACUCUGCUCCCGGGUAUCAGAAAUCAACGCCACAGGCGUAGAAAUCACGAGACGCCUAGAUUAUGGCUACUACAACCUCCUCGAGAAGGUCGGCAAUCUGGUGUCCAUGAUCGGCAGUUUCCAAUCGCUGGCCCAACAGAGCGGGACACUGAUUUCCAAUUUCGACCGCGAAAAUUGCAGGAUCUCCGAAGAUACACGGCGUCGACUCGUGAGUUUCCGGCACGGAUUCGAUGCGCAACAGGCCAGGGCGCAGAAGUUGGCCGAGCGGGGCACGCGGGCCAGUGCAAGGGCCACGGAACUGUCCGCUAGACUGGAGGCCGCGCGGCUCAAGGUCGAGGAGUGGGAAAACAGGGAAGAGAAGUCCCGGCGGGCGUGGGAUCGUGUUUGGGGACUGUGCUGGUGGACGAUUGCGUGCGUGGUCAUUCUGGUCGUCGCGGCCGUCAUUGGCAAGGAAUGGUAUUUCCGGGGCGAUCCUGUGAAGGCUGGGCUUCGGCAGCACGGCGAGGGCAGUUGGAACAAGAGUCUUAGGCUCGGUGGUGGAGGCGAGGCGGAGAGAAGAGUACUCCUCAGUUGGGACAGGGAGGUCGUGGCACCCAACGUGCCGGAGGACGUGAAGCAGAUCCUGGCUGGAAUCGCCGAGAGGAAUUUCCAGAGGAAGAAGGCGUUUCCUGAAGUCCCGGCGGGCAUGCAUGAGAGUGACAGUUAUAGCGAGUCGGCUGAGAAGGAAAAGACCAGCGAAGAGGAUCCCAGGCUGAGGAAGCUGGACGAGUUAUGA